AAGUGUUAGCCAGUUGCUUAGUCUCUCUCUCUCCCGCGGAGCUUGUAGUUUUCCCCAAGCAUGGCGAAGAAGGGCGAUCGUAUUGUAAACACCCAGAAUUUUCUGCCCGAUGAUGCUUCCGUCGCUGCUUCCAGGAAGCGUUCAAAGGCUCCGAAGACCCAUCAGCAGCAGGAGAAGCUGAUUUCAUCCAUAACUAGCAGGAAGAUACUUAAAGAAGCCUUGGCACAGCAGAGGGAGGUCGAAGACGAGGAGAACGCCGAUAAGAACCCUAGUUCGGCCGCUUUCGCUGUUGCGGCCGCGGCUGCGGAAGAAUGGCAGAGAGCACGCGAGGAGGAAGGCGAUAUCGAUGCUUUCAAUGGAUUCACUGAAGGUGAUAGCGAUUACAAUGAUUACCAAAAAGUAUGCCAUGAGGAAAUCGAUGAGAUACAAGAGAAGCUGCUUAUGACAUUCAUCUCGAAGACGGCUGCUACAGAUCGUACUCUCACCGAUAUUAUUCUCGAGAAGCUGAAAGAAAAAAAUGACCACUUAGCUUCAGAAGCUCGUCCCAUGCCUAAGUUAGACGCGUCGGUCAUCGAAUUAUAUAAAGGGGUUGGCAAGCUUCUUAGUGAAUACACGCAAGGGAAAAUGCCAAAAGCGUUCAAGCAUAUUACUUCAAUGGCAUGCUGGGAAGAUGUACUGUACUUGACCGAACCCGAGAAGUGGUCAGCGAAUGCAAUGUAUCAGGCCACAAGGAUCUUUGCUUCUAAUUUCUCUUCGAGAAAAGUUGAGCGCUUCUAUAAGUUGGUUCUGCUUCCUCGGGUGAGAGUGGAUAUUAGAAAGCACAGAAGACUACAUUUUGCCCUUUACCAAUCUUUGAAAAAGGCACUCUAUAAACCUGCUGCAUUCAACAAGGGCAUACUCCUCCCUUUGGCUAAGUCGGGGACAUGCAGUCUCAGGGAAGCUGUGAUUGUAGGGAGCAUUAUCGAAAAGAGUUCCAUUCCUAUGCUUCACUCAAGUGUCGCCUUGCUGAAGCUAGCUGAGAUGGAGUAUUGUGGCACAACGAGUUACUUUAUAAAAGUUCUUUUGGAGAAGAAAUAUGCUUUGCCUUAUCGGGUUCUUGAUGCUGUGGUUGCCAACUUCAUGAGGUUUCUUGACGACGUGAGAGCUAUGCCCGUAAUUUGGCACCAGUCUCUCCUUGCCUUUGUGCAACGGUAUAAGCAUGAACUGCAGAAGGAAGACAAGGAAAACCUCCAAGCUUUACUUGAGAAGCAAUACCACAGACUUGUGACCCCGGGAAUUGAGAGGGAGCUCGAGAACAGCAGAAACCGGGGAGAGAAAGAAGUUGAUACCGUGCCCACAGUUUCUGUAGUCAACAAGCCUAUUGAAGAAGACAGGUUUGACAUACCCCAAGUUCCUAUGGAGGAGGAUGACUGAUCCAUUCUACUGGAACAAGAGCUCUCCGGAGAUUUUUGGCAAUUAGUGUUUGUAUUUUGGAUUUUAGGUUUUGGUUUUGAUUUUUAAUAGUAUUUGUAAAUCCAAAAACA